CGGCGGUCGCCUUGCCCGGCGUCGCCCGCUGUAUAUCGCUCCAGCUUCUCGCUAACCGGGCUGGAGCUCAUUUCAAAAUGUACGCUGCCAUUUAGCACGCACACCGCAGUGGAGGCCGGGCAUUCGCACCAAUGAUACGUGUCGACUGGUUGAGAUUCUCCGAUUCGAAUGGCCAAGCAGAGCCCGUCUAUCCGCGUUUGUGGCUCCAGGACAUUUCAUUAAUGAAUUAUCAGGAUGUCGUAAAUCAUGAUGAAAGAUAACAUCGAUAAGACUUACAUCGGACAGUAAUCUGUCCAAGGAGAGCCAAAUGCAUAUGCAGGCCUCUUCUGCUCUCUCUCUUAAUCCCUCAGCAUGCCUCAAGCUCGAGAUCCCUGAAAAUCUCGGGGAUUUCUGAGAGCAGGACACUCACAAAAACGCCUCCGAUAGGCCUGGCCACCCGCGAGGAAGAUCCGCACCCGCCAUCAUAGACGCGGAUGCAGGCAGGCCACUGAUUGAUUCGGAUGCCAUCCACAUCUUUUCAUCCUGCGAGAUCGAUCUCCGAAAAAGAUGGAGCUCAUGCCCGGAUGGUGGAUGAGGAAAUCGAGACACCAGAAAAUGUCCCCGUCGGUCGCGCGUUCACCGCAUUCCUGCUUUGCAUGCCGGAAGCCAAGCACUUGAAGUAGGUCACCAAGGGCUAAGAAGGCUAGAACGGAAUUUUCCUGUUUUGAUGAUCGGGGAAUCAUGUUGGCGAGCAAAUCACGAAUAUUUCCCGGCUCGUCGGAAAACCACAUCUUCCAUGGUCCGCUCCCGAUCAUGUAAGGACGCUGAGGCUGGGAAGUCUCCUGAUUAUCCGUUGUACAAGACCCAGAAAGGCGUUCCAAACGGAUCAACUGUGGAUCGUGAGAACAAAAAUCUUUGCUGCGAGGACUACGCCAUUCUGGGUGCGGGACCGGAACAGUUGUCCAUGGUUACCCCUGGUGGCUGAGAUGACCAGGACGGUUUGGGAGGUUGGUGGCGAAUAGGUGGUGAUGUGUUCGACUGAUCAACUGUUGGGAUCGAUCAUUCAUCAACAUGGCAGGCACGUGCUGACGCUACCUGACCUGAUCCUUUUAGCCCAGGGCGCGACUGAGCUUCUCCCCAGCCCCUCGGGCAUCGCUGAUCCAUCCCGAGCGGCGUGCGAACCGCAUCACUCGUCGUCUUCCCGCUGACACAUGACGUUUUCCACGCGGGAAGCACGCCCAGCGUAAUCUCCCCUCUUCCUCCAUCCGCUCACCCAUGAACGCGACAGAGACUCAGACAGAGACGCAGACGCAGACGCCCGCGCCCUCGGUUCGCGAGAGCACCCUCGCCGACGAGCCGCACACCUCGCACACCCCGCACACGCCCCCCGUCACGCGCGAUUUCGGAUUCCUGCCGAUCCCGGAGAGGCUGCGAUAUGUCGAGGGAAAAGUGUUCGAGUUCGGGCUGCUGAUGAACAUCGCGCUGGGGUUUAUGAGCACUUUCACGAUGGCCAACCUGAGCUACUGUCAACCAUUGCUCAUCAACUUGGCCGAGACAUUCGGGGUAUCGUACUCGAAAGUAUCCCAAGUGCCGACUCUCUUGCAAGCUGGAUACGCUGUUGGUGUCGUCUUCAUUUCUCCCGUGGGUGAUAUUACGCGACGGCGGCCACUUCUGCUGCUACUCAUGGCCAUAUCCACUCUGCUCACAAUCGGUCUCGCCAUCACGGCGAACUUUGUCGCAUUCGAGGUCCUCUCGUUCUUCGUCGGCAUGACCUCGAUCAUCACCGCGAUGCUCCAGCCGCUCGCUGCCGACCUCGCACCGCCGCACCGACGCGCCAGGGCCAUCUCCGUGAUCGUAUCGGGGCUGCUGCUCGGCGUGCUCAUCUCGCGCGUGCUUGCGGGGGUGUUUGGCCAGCUGGCGACCUGGCGCGCGACGUACUACUUCGCCGUCGGGAUCCAGGCGCUCGCGGUGCUCAUCGCGUACUUCUUCAUCCCCGACUGCCCGCCGUCGAUACGCGGGCAGAGGCUGUCGUAUACGCGCAUCCUGUGGACGAUGGGCAAGUUUGCAGGUACGGAGCCUGCGCUGAUCCAGGCGUGCUUGGUCAAUUUCGCGACGAGUGCGAUGUUCACGAGCUUCUGGGUCACGUUGACAUUCCUGCUUGGCGGGCCGCUGUUCAAUUAUUCGACACUGGACAUCGGGCUGUUUGGGUUCGUUGGGAUGGCUGGAGUUCUUUCUGCGCCACUCACGGGACGGUUCAUCGAUUCUUUCGUCCCGUGGUACCCAACUUUCAUCUCUGUCCUGGCUCUGGGUGCCACGUAUAUCCUGCAAACGGCCGCCGAGGGGCUAAACAUAGGGGCCGUGGUGGUCAUCGCCUUCUCGUUGAACUUGUUCAGACAAAUGAAUCAAUCUGCGUUAGCGACGACGGUUCUCAGCAUAGCUCCCGAAGCGAGAUCUCGCUUCAACGCAGUCAAUGUCUUAUCGCUCUUUCUCGGACAAGUAGCCGGCACCGCUGCGGGGACGUCAGUCUACCUGCAGCACGGCUGGCGCAUGACUGGUGUGCUCGCCCUCUCGUUCAGCGUUUGGCAGAUUAUCGUGCUUCUCGCUCGCGGUCCGCACUGCGAGCGUUAUACGUGGUUUGGCUGGCAAGGCGGGUGGCAGAUGCGAAAGACACUUGAUUCCUCUGCAGAAAUACCUGAAAAGUCGGGAGAUCUUGAAAAGAGCAGCGCGGUUGCUGCCAAUGAGUAGCUCAGCUGUAUUAUCAUAGUCACGCAAUGAACUAAUGCCUCACGAAUACCCCCGUUCGGAGUCUUCC